UGGUUUUCUCCCGAAGGCUUCCGGACUUUGUUCGCCCUGGUUGGGACCAACGGACAAGGCAUAGGGACCAGCUCCCUGAGUCAGUGGGUCCGCGCCUGCGACGCUCUGGAGCUGCCCACGCAGGAACGGGAGCAGCUGGACGCUUUCAUAGACCAGCUCUACAAGGACAUUGAGAAAGAGACAGGGGACUUCCUGAACUGCGAGGGCUCCGGCCUCUACGUGCUGCAGAGCUGCUGCAACCACAGCUGCAUCCCCAACGCCGAGGCCUCCUUCCCGGAGAACAGCGGCCUCCUGCAUCUGAGCGCGGUGGAAGACAUCCCCCAGGGAGAGGAGAUCUGCAUCAGCUACCUGGACUGCUGCCAGAGAGAACGGAGCCGACACAGCCGGUGCAAAAUCCUACAGGAAAACUACUUGUUCAUCUGCUCCUGUCCCAAGUGCCUGGCUCAAGCCGAAGAUCCCGACGUCACGUCGGAGGAGGAGGAAGAGGAGGAGGAGGAAGCCGAAGGGGAGCCCGACGGCGCAGAGCUGGAGGACGAGAUGACGGACGUUUGA